CACUAGAAGAAUAUCAGGCGCGCAAGAUUUUUGAGAAGCCGUUUCCUGGAGGGGCUCUUUCCCAACUAUGUGUUCCCCGAAAUGCCCUCGCCGGUGGGACUACACGUGGGAGGCCCUCUCCCACAUCGGAGCCCUGCGGCUCUUCCUCUCUUGCUCGCUCCUCUCCCCCUCCAGCCAGUGUCAACAGCUCACCGCAGCCCUUGAUUGGUCGCGCCACGGCCGCUGGACUGUCCAUCUCAGAUGGGUGGAGUCCCAGACCCAGCAGAACGGCGGCGGCGCCGUCCCUUUCUCAGUGAGGGUACCCCUCCCUCCGGUUGUCGUCGACCACGACGCACCACUGCAUUGCGUGGCCAUGGACGACCAUAUCCAGGUCAAGACGACCCUGCUCCUCCCGGUCGACCACCCCCUGGUUGCGGACCUCGCGUCGGUUUCCGACUCUGGGGAGGUUGGCGGCGAGAAUGGCGAUUUCCCGACGCCUUUCCGUUUGGAAAAUGAUGUAAAAGAUCUUUCGUCUAUGAAAGAAGUAGACUUUUACUGCAAGAGCUGCUCCGCGAAGCUAACAAAGAGAUCUUUCAGGGCAUUUACGGAGGUUCCUUCUGUGAAUUGGCGGGAGGCUGCUGACAACUGGUUCGGAGCUUGUUGUUGCUCGUUUGGUGGUGCAAGCGAGAAACUGGCAACUGCAUAUGAACGUGCUUCUACAUGUCAAGUGGAUGUUUGUGCUGUUGAUAACUCGUCCGUGAUUAUUUAUAUGGAAGAUACUGCAGGCUUUGAGAUUGACAAUUGCAAACAGCAGAUUGUGCCAUGUAAAACAAAAGACAAUCCAUAUGACAAUGAAAAAUCAGUAGUGAAGAGAGUGGAUGCUAGUAUGCGGAAAUCAUGCAGUGAUAUAUCAUCAGAGGACAUUGAUGACACUGCUAAAAUGUGUAAGUGCUUGAAUAUCAACGAAGGGAACUUCCAUGAAGAUUCAGAAGCUAAACCCAAAAGGCUCGAUGCUAGAGUAAGCAACCUUUUGACUGUUGAUGAAGCGAAAUUCAAAAAUCUGGAAGCAGAAACAAGAAGAUUGGGUUCUAGCGACUGGUUGGUCUGUCCUUCUAAAAUAGAUGACUCUUCUAACACACAGCUGGAGGACCAUACGGCACAAGAUUCAAUUGUAUGUCUUGAGCAGAAUAGUGUGGUUGCUCAUUUCCUUGAGCAUACAGGCACUAAUGCUUAUGUUGGUAUCUCGGGAGACAGGUCAGGCCAUAAUCUGGAAGAACAGAUUUGCAAAUCAACAGACUAUGGUGGCUUUCCGAAAGAGUCUUGUUGUGCGAACAAAUCAUGUGACAAAUUAAGCAGCAGAAGUUUGAGUACACACACAACAGAGUACUGUUGUGGGGCCAACAUUAAGCUCCAGAAUGAGAAGGGAAGAUUCUACAGUGGCUCGCUUGGUAGUGGAUUCAUAGUUAAAAGUUCCAGUGAUGCAAAUUCUGUUGAGUGGGUUGAGUUUCUCUGUUUUCAGUGUUCGUCUCUGGUUGGAACAUAUCCUACUGACAGGGAUCAGAAUGUGCCAUUGGACAAUGGUAUUCGCUUGUUCAAAUGUCACAUUUCGACCAGCAAUAUUUGUGGUGGGCUAGAAGAUCUAUUCCGGCAACACACAUGUCAAAGGAUGUUUUCAAGUCAGUUGCUAGAAAGUGCUGCCGAUGAACUGUCAUUUCAUACUGUGGUCAGGGAUGUCAACACAAAAGCUCGAAGGCUGCACCUUAUCCUUUUAAAUUCAGAAGCCUGGUGUUGUACAGGAUCUUUGUGGGAUGCAGACAAUGAAUCCCAAGGUCCUGGAUCUAUGCCAGUUUUGCAACCUAUGAUAAAGGUGUUAUUUUAUGAUUAUACUAACUCAGGAGAAUCCGAUUCAAGGAUCAUAGAGCAAGUGGCAACUAAGAAGCAAGCAGAAGAAAUUUACAUGUUAACCAAGGAAAUUGAUGGGUUGUCUAAAUCCUUGAAAUUAGCUCAGGCAAGACUACCGGCCUCGUGUUCCUCCUUACAGGGACUGUCAGUAUCAUUCCUGGAAAGAUGAAUGAAGAAUGUAGAGAAUUCUUUUCCCUGUUGAAAAUCAGAAUUAUGACAUCAUGUACCCCUUGUUAGUCAUCGUCAAUGAUGUUUUACUGUAAUUUCCUAGAACGUUUGUUAUAGUGCAUGGCCAAGAAAAGUUAUAUUA